AUGACCUCGAAUAACUCUCAUGCAGAGGAAAAUCUCUACUUGUACAAUCCAAGUCAUAUAUUACCAGCUAUAUUUGCGGCCUUGGUCGGCGUGUCUCUAUUCCUACAUAUUUACCAAAACUAUCGCUAUCGAUUCUGGCGCGUCACAUUCUUCAUCUGCUGGGGUGGAGCCCUGUUCACUGUGGGCUGGAUUCUCCGCUGCAUAUCAAGUUAUCAUUCAGCAAACUUAAACAUCUACAUUGCAUCAACAGUCUUCAUCUAUGUCGGCCCACCAGUUUACUCAGCCGCCGCCUAUAACCUCAUCGGGCGUCUCAUGAACUACCUACCAAUGCACGCAGUCCUCAAUCCAAACCGUGUCCUCAUCUUCUUCGUCUAUGUCGGCGCUGCCGUGGAAGCAAUUACAGUCGUAGGAGCAGCCAAGAGCGCAUCAGCCGGCUCUGACCUGGACAAGAUCAAGUCCGGUGGAACACUCAUUGCUGCAGGUCUUGUUCUCCAAGCAGUGGUCGAAUGCUGCGUGAUCGUGGUCGUUGCAACAGUUCACACCCGCUGUUCUCGGGCACGGAUGCUCCCGCCAAAUGUUCGUAUGAUCUGCAUCACACUCUACGGGACAUCGAGUCUUGUCUUGCUACGGUGUAUCUUCCGCGCCGUCGAGGCAUUCGAGAUGUUUGGAAAUCUUGGUUGUCGGGUGAACUGCGGGCCUAUUGUCAGCAACGAAUGGUAUCUAUAUGCAUUUGAGUUGGGACCUAUGCUUCUCUUCACUUGGUGGCUCAACUUAAUGCAUCCUGGUCGGCAUCUGCCCCGUCAAAAGCUACGGUAUCUCUGUCCUGAUGGUCGCACCGAGCGAAUGGGUCCCGGCUGGAUUGACCGCCGUUCUCAGUGGGAGACCUUUGCCGAUCCGUUGGAUUUGAAAGGGGUGCUUAAAGGUGAGCCUUCUCAUGAGAAGUAUUGGCUGCGGGAAGGUGAAUGGCCUGUGUGCAAGGAUGGUAGUUUUGCUCUGGGGACUGCUACCAAUACGAGGGCUGCAUCUGAGGACGAAAAGGAUCUCGCUCCACUUAGUCCUCCUGUUUGA